UCUACGUGCUUAUCAUUCAUAUAUGGGUAAGGCCGAUAAAAAUGGAUUAUUUUAUAUUAGCUCCAGCGUCCGGUAAGUAAUAAAAUAAAAUCUUAUAUAUUACCUAUAAAAUUCUUUUUUCUUAGCUUUGUAUAAUAGUUUUUCUAAUAGGUUAUUUAUACAAACAUUCUCAAAACAUAUUAUAAUUAAUUAUUUUUCAUAAAAAUAAUAUGUGAUCACAAUAUUUUCAAUACAAAAUAAAAUGUCCCACACUCGCCCUGGGGCCAUAUGUAUCAAUUUUGAAUUUUUGCUGUAUUUGUAUUUGACCAUUUUAAAGUUCUUAUGAAUAAAUUAAUACCUAUUCUACAAAAUUACAGUAUCAGGCAGGAUUAGAUAAUAAUCAAAUCAUAAAAUUCUGGUACAUUAACAUCGUGUCCACGGAUACUGAUACUUUUAAGUCACGUAUUUUAUGUUACGAUAUUUUUUACUAAAACUUAGCAUUUGAGCAGCAGAAUUCAUUUGUUUAAUAUGGCAACACCAUAGUCUACUUGUCUAUGCUACGUUUUUUCACUCGUCGGCCAUGUUUGUAGCAGUGAGCUUUUGUUUUCGAGUGGAAUUGAGUCAUUUUUGUUAGUUAUAAAUUGAUUCCAUCUGAAUAAAGAUGCCACUUACACCUGCGGAAAGACAAAGAAAAUACCGGGAAAAGCUGAAAAGAGAGAACCCUAUCAAAUAUGACGAAAUGAAAAAGAAGACUGCUGAGUGCGCUUUGCGGUACUAUAAAAAGAAAGUAAGUCAAUAUACAGAAGAAGAAAAAAUAGAACGAAGAAAGAAAUGGCAGGAAGAAAGGAAAAGACAAAAACAAGCUGAUCAAGCAAAGGUUGAUAUUAGUAAGCCAGCAAAAACGCAAAAAGAUAUAGAAUAUAAAUUACGUAGGAAAAAUAAAGAGUUACAAAAAGAAAAUAAAAUAUUGCGCAAUAGAUUCAAUGCACUAAGAAAAAAAUUUUAUCGGCAGUCCAAAAAACUAGAUGAACUAAAUCUAGCAUUCCUGGAAUUUAAGAAGACCGAAACCAAUCAAGAAAAUCAAGAAGAACUAAUAGAAAAUCUAAAACCUCUGCCUAAUACAUUAAAAAUUCAUCAAGUAAUAUUUAAAGAUAAGAAUGCUGUGAAUUUUAGAAACUUAAGUUGUUUUUGCAAAAAUAUGAGUGGCAAAUGUGAUUGUUAUUCUACAAAAACACACAGAUUUGAAAUCAACAAAGAAGCACAACCAAGAAACACUGUAAAACGCAAAUUAAAUACAAUAAAGAGAAGUAAAGUUGGUACAAAAAAGAGAAGGGAAAGCACGGCAAGCACCACUGAGUCUGAUUGUACUGAAAUAGAAUAUUUAGAUGACAGUGAUGCUACACAUUUUUCUGAAACUUAUCAAGAAGAAUAUUUAGAAUUAGACGAAAAUAAUCAAGAAGAAUAUUUAGAAUCAGGUGAAAAUAUUUUGAGAGAAAGACAAGAAAAAAGAGCAGAAAAGGGUUCAGGUAAAACUGAUUUUGAAAAUGAAGGAUUAGAAGUAAGACGAUUGGUAGAAAAUAUAGAUGAAAAAAUUAAAGAAGUACAAAUUGAAAAAAAAACAGCAUCUCAAAAAGGCGUAACGAUUUUAUCUGAUAUUCGAAAUUCACCAUGGAAUAAAAGAUAUUUUGAUUUGAAACGAUGUGGUGGACUACAAUUUAAAAAAGUGGACUCAAAUUUUGACCUUUGUUCAUUGAAAAAAUCAUUAGAUGUUCCCAUAAGCACAGAAAAUAUUGAUCCAUAUAAAAACCCGGUGGCUAGUAGUUCAGGAAUCAAGACUAAGACUGAAAACCAAAAGACUAAAGACUUCGAAGAAAACAGAAAAACAUACUUCAGUAGUUUGAAUAAAGGAGACCAAACCAAAAAUAUUGAAGAAGACUUUGAAGGAAAAGCAAGAUAUGACAUAAAAGAUUCUAUAAAAACAAACGAAAUCAAAGAAGAAGGAAGACAGAACUCAGGAGUAAUUAGUAUUGUAGAAGCUAACAAAAACGAAAAUACCAAAGUCUAUGAUGAAAGUGAUGUGAAGAUUAAAAUUAAUCAAUAUGUAUUAGUAAGAUAUUACAUUCGCAAAACUUGGAAAUAUUAUAUAGGACGUGUAGUCGAAAUACACACCAAAGACGAAGAUACAAACUACACUAUUAAUUUUCUUAAAACUAUAAAAAAACCCUCACUGAGAUUCACUACCCCGAAGAAAAUGGACACGGAUACUGUUCCUUCUUUGUCAAUUGUGAAAACUAUAGAAUUGAACGAAGAAGAUAAUAAAAAAAACGAAUACCUAUUAAAAGAUGAUUUUAAUGAAACUUAUUUUGAACUGUAAAUUAGUUAUCGUAUAUAAUAUAAUGUGUAAGUGAUUUCGUAAAUUCAAAAUAAGUAACUAUUAUUUCUUUUCUAAACAGCUAUAAAUAAAUGAUUGUGCAAAAAGGAGUUUUUUCUUAUAUUGGAGACGUCCCUUUACAAAACUUUUAUGUUACUUUUAAGUUAUCCAGCCACACACUUUUAAGUUACUUUUAUGUCACAUGAGGCCAAUUUUACGGCCUUACCCAUAUAUA